ACCGGCCUGAGUAAAGUGCUGUGAACAGAGAGCACAGUGUCCCUCUGAUCAUGCCACUGGCUUCCUUGUGCUUCGUCCUGAUUGCUGUUCAUGUGUCUGUAAUGGUGGAUAGUAAACCCUGGCAGCACAAACUGGACCUACAGACCAGCCUCACCAAUCCAGCCCGGACAAAACCACGAUAUAUAGGCCAAAGGGAACCUAUGAGCAGCAGUGAGUGGCCUAACUUCUUAGUUAUUUUGCCAGUAAAAACACAUACCAGCAACUUUGUGUCAAUAUUUAAUUUGAGAAGAAAACGGUUUCUGUGCAUGGACCAAGAGGGAGAGCUGUUUAACUCAAGACAUAGCAACACAGAGGACUGUCUUUACCAGCGGCUUUGGCUGGACUGGCCCAUUAAGCAUGAUGUGUAUUAUUCCACAAGAGGAGCCCGGCUCUUGAAGUUGCAAGGGGUGGAGUUGAACGUGGCCAUGCAGGAGUCUUCACAAAUAGCAAACAUACGGCACAAACUCCUGGAGCGAUUAAAGAGACAAAGAAGAAGUCAGGAGGUGAAUCCUUCUGAUCCUUUACGAUCUGAAACCCAUCCUACCAGCAACAAGAUGGAAACUGAUAACCUGAACAGGGAUCAGACAGGUGCAGUGUCCAAAGAGACUAUCACCUCAUGUGAUGACCCUCUCAAAGUGCUGCAAACGAAUGGAUCUGGGAGCCCUGUAAAAAACAAUAUUGGAAAUCAAGCUGAAGAUGCUAAAGUAGUGGUGGAAAUUUAAAUUGAGUAGUGGGUCAAAUAUGCCGAGGGUUUAAAUAAGACCAUAGGGAGAUCAAGCCCACAAGCAUCUGAUAAUGCACUGGCUGCUAUUACUUGUGACCAUGUCAUGUGAAAGGAUCAGCAUUAUUUAAGAGAUGUUUUCAGCGUGUUGUAUCUGUCCUACUGUUACAUCACAGUACCCUGUCCAUGUGUUGUUUAAACAACAGAUAACUUAAGCAACAUUUAACAUAAGGCCUGUACUCGUUUGGUCCAGGACCUCCUUAACUUAACUUAUUUGUCAGAUAAAGAUUAAGUUAAUAUACUUUUGUAACUUUCAAAAAUUAUAAAAUUAUAAUGGUCAGAUUAACAAUAUUGUGCUUUGUAAGCUUGAUAGUGAAUGAUAGUGAAUAUUCACUCUUGGUGGUGGUAGACUACUUGUUUAGCCACAGCUGUCCUGGGCCAGGCUGACAAGAGACUUGAGAUGUGGCAGCCAUUCUACACCAACAACCUUUGCGACCACUCUCUCUCUUUCUCGCUCUAUCUCACACACACACACAUACACACACACGCACGCACGCUCACACACACACACACACACACACACACAGUCUGGAGACUCAGACUUGUAUAUUCAUGAAAUAUUUGUUGCUUAAGAAAUAUUUUGUUUGAUUA